AUGACUACCCCAGUACCAACCGCUCCAUCAUCUGGAGUGCCCAAACGAAAACCGCUUCCCACCGUCGUUGUCGCGCCAGUGCCUUUAACAGACUCCUCCAGCGACCUCGAAAAAUCGACCGCCGAACCCGGCAUCAUCUUCGCGCCUGCUGCCCAACCAACAGCAGCAGCAGCAGCAGCAGGACUCCAUCAACCCCGACAAUGGCCGGGACAAUCGCAAUGGAACGCCCUACAGACAAAAUGGAGCAUUUACUCGACUAAGAAGAAACGCAUUAUCCUCGGCGCACUCGCGGCGAUACUCGUUCUGCUCGCCCUCAUCAUCGGCCUCGCUGUGGGGUUGACGCAACGUCAUGGAAAGGGCUCCUCAAAUCUUCCUCUCCCUACAUCCAACGGCGGGCCGUAUACUGGCGACCUUACAUACUACGACCCUGGGCUUGGAUCGUGCGGGAUUACAAGCACAGCGUCUGAGAAGAUCUGUGCGAUAUCGCACGUCCUCUUUGAUGCCACCAUGAUCUCGGCCAAUCCGAAUACAAAUCCAAUUUGCGGAAAGAAAUUAAGGAUACGCCGAGGGGAUAGAACCGUUGAUGUUGCGGUUGUUGAUCGAUGCCCUGGGUGUAACACCAACGACCUGGAUGUGUCUUCCACUGUCUUCAAGGAGUUGGGGGACUUGGCGGAAGGGCGAGUCUUGAUAGACUGGUCGUGGUUGGAGGAGACGCCAGCAUCAUAG